UAUUUUUUAUCCGAUAUUGUCAUAGGUAAAAAAGUAGCAAAACAAGACAUGAGAACGAAAAAAAUUUAGCUUUCUUUAUUGAGUGUUUUUUUAAUUAUCAUGUGGGCAACUUUAAUUGUUGCUUUGAUAGCCUUUCAAGUGUUUCAAGUUUCUCUGCUCAGUGAAACUUGUAAUGAAAAUGUUUGUGCCUCAAUUGUUAGUAAAUGUAUGUUAACCCAAUCGUGUAAAUGUGAUACAUCAAAUAAUGUCACUUGUGCCAGAGAUUGUUUCAUAUGUUUAGAUUAUCUUUAUUCAGAAUGUUGUACCUGCCUCGAAAUGUGUCCAUCCAAUAAUUCAACUGAUGACUUGUUGAGAUCCAAAAGUCAUGUCGAGGAGCUCGACUCUCAAUCAGCUGAGCUUUUCAUUGCCUUAACUGAGGAGAAAGAUGCCUUAGAGCGCUGGUCCACCUUUACUUUCCCUAUACAAAUGAGUCUUAUUGUUCCAGGAGGAUCAGAAACAAAAGAAGUCAAUCCUCAACCGGGAACUAAAGUCACAAUGAAAACUGACGGUCAGGAUACAGAAGAAGAUAUUCAGGUCAACUGUACUGUCGCUUAUAUGUCUCAAUGUAUGUCAUGGAACAAAUGUAAAUCUUCUUGUCGCUCAAUGGGUGCAGUCUCAUACCGGUGGUUCCACGAUGGCUGCUGUGAAUGUGUUGGGCCUAAUUGUAUCAACUAUGGACUAAACGAAUCAAAAUGUCUACAGUGUCCAUUAAUCAUAACAAAAGCGGAAGAGCCAUCCGAAACAGCGCCUAAUUCAGUUGCUAGUAGAUAAUAAGCCAACCAACAAAUGUGUAUAUUUAAUUUUAUCAUUCUUUGUUUAUUCAAUGGAACCAAGUGUCAACAAAAAUCAAUGCACAAGGAAGUAUUUCUUCUCAUAGUGUACAUUUGUAAGAUUACCAUUUUUCGCUUUAUUUUGCCCA